GAUCAAGUGUGUAUUUAAACAAGAUUAAAAACCCUGGAAACAUGAAGACAAGCAGUUUCUUGAAUAGUGGCUUAAUCUCUGUAAUUAUUUUCAAUUGUUUUCGAUGCAACAAUAACCAGGAACUUCAACGAUUUGCUGGUACAGUUGUCGUUGUUUUUACUCAUAAUUAGAUGUGUAAGAAGAAUUGUAAGAGUUCUGCCAGAAAAUUCAGCGAACCACAGAUUUUCCUAAAACAGAUAUGGUAAACAUCACCCUGACUCCCAAUGCUACUGGAUAUGCAAGUAACUUAACAGUUGUCCAAAAUAAUAUUAGGCGCAAGGCAGAUUUCAGUCAAAACUCAACUUAUAUCAUUUUCGCUUCAUGUGGUAUUGUGUUUAUCUUAUGCAUUCUACUGACUAUCAUUAUCAAAGUAAGGAGAUCACAGCAACGAAGGCAGACAAGCAAAGAUCAUGAAACAGCUAUAAACAUCACGCAGACUAAAGUUGAACACGCAAGUCAACAAAGUCCAAGCAAUCACGAGGACGAAAAUGAUUUGGAGAAAAUAACUUCUACUAAUAGGAACAUUAAAGGGAAGCUACCAGUAAAUACGGCAAAACCUGUAAAUAUAGAAGAACCACAAUACGAAAUCAGCGUUAAUUACCAAGACACUGUGUACUGCAAUAUUCCUGCACAUGAAUCAAACGAGGUGACGCAAAAUUGUCGCCACACUAGCAAAAUUGGUAGAUACUACGAAUCUCUAAGAAGAUUCACUCCUUUUGGUAAAAACUUAAAAUCAAAGGAUUCACACAACUAUGCGUCAGUUAAAUGCAACAUGUUCUUUAAAUCGAAAAAAAAAAAGUUUUGGAUCAUAUUUACAUGCCACCAAAGGCAAACGCAUUUGAUACGUGUUAUACAGAUAUGAACAAU